GAUCGCGAUGCAUAAUCCUCGUGCAGUCGAUUGGAUUAUUGAUAUUUUUCUUUGUCCUUUUGACUAAUUCAUUUACCAGCUAGUCUGAAAUGUACUUGCUCGAAACGUUUUGAAAUGCAUUGAGUUAUAUAUUUACAAAAUGGAGCAACCGUUUCGAACGAGCGUUCGAAAAGUCUCGAGGCCCGCCAAAAAUUCUACUUGGUCCGUUGCUUCUCAUUAGUUGAUAGUUCAAAAAUGCGUUCGAAAAAGUCGUUGCAUUUGACGAUGAACAAAUUCGCCAGCCAAUCGCCGAGCUCGAGCACAGUUCGUGUGCACAGUAUCGUUGAACCCUUCGGACGAGCAGUGUUCGUUCGGCCCUAGUCCACGUAACAGUCGUGCACGGCUUUUUCGAGUUUUAUCACCUCGCGCGUUUGUUUAUUUAUCGUUGAGAAAAUGCAGUCGACCUUCACCAUUACGUCAACGCCAUUAUUUUCCAACGAGGAGAAGCGACGCGUCCUGCUGUACGCGUUGAAGCACAAGUUGCAGGAUGCGGACGACGAGGGCGGUGCGGAGGACAAGUGGAUGAGCCUCGGCGACGAGAUGAAGCGCGACUGGAUGGAGAUUCGCGACGCCUAUCGACACUGGAAGAUCGAGGACUCGCUGGAGGUCAACGAUACGUUCGAUUUCGGUACUGUAUUGACGGACAAUGAGCCGAGAAAUCUCAACGAGGGCGAGCUGUGCGAGCAGACUUAUCAAAUUAUGGAGGAAUGGCAGAUCGAAAAUGGAAUUCUCGAGUGUCACGAUGAGCUGUUACUCAUGUUACCGGAAAACCAAAUCGACUCGUACGUGCCCGUUACGAACGGCGGCGAGUCGUCAAAAAGCGUGGAAAAUUCGAAAAAACGGCCACUGAAAUACGAAGACUUCAAUCAAGAGUACUUAGAUAUCUUAUCUAAUCAAUCGCUCGAGGAGCUCGAGCUGAAAAGGAAGGAGAGCGAAAAUAAAAUUCUUUAUUAUCAAGAGCUGUUGAAGUGCGGCAAAGAGGAGCACGCGGAGAAAAUGCGAAUUUUAAAGGCCAAACGAUACCUGCUCCUGCAAAAGGUUCAAGACAUCGACACGGCAAUCAGUCAAAAAAAUUUGAAAAGAAGAUACAAAAGUGGCCCUAUCUAAUGUUAACAACGAGUGAUUAUAAAUUUGUCGUUAGGUGAUUUUAAGAAAUUAAUGCGACUCGAUCCAAUGAAUUAAAUGACCAGCUGUAAAUUUCGAUUCUCGAGACGAAUAUAAUUUUAAUGUAGCAACGAAAGUGUUCAAUAAAUUUUAACUUUUCAUAAUAACAUUCGUAUACAAAUAAUCUCUUUUUAAUGUUACUGUGCAAAUGG